CUAAAACCCAAAAAAAGUGCAGGUGUCGAAGCCAUAACUUAAUGCCAAUUAUAUAAGGGUCCACUUGAUAAAUUGAUCAGAUUAAAAGAGAAGGUCAUUUAGUGACAAAAAGAAAAAUAAGUGAUGCCACGGGGUCUGUCAUAGUGACCACUGUCCCACUUUAGCCCACCAUCAACACCGUGGUCCGUGACGCUCUCCCUGCAUACGUGCCAAUACAUCACUGGCUCAUUCAGUUGAUUACAUUUUUACUUUUUAUAUAUCUUGGUGGCGCAGUUACCUCUUAUUAUUUGUUGUUUUUCUAAAGUGGGAUUAAUAGUCUUAAACCCUAAGUCUGCAAAUAGUGUCUACUUUUGUCAUAGGAUUCGCUUUCUUAGAGAUAUCUAAGCAUAAUUUGUGAUUAAUUUAUUUAGGAUAUCCCAUCAAUUUGAUGCAAAUGACACUGACAUUUGUUUUGACUAACUUCUAAAAGAUUCCUUGUGAAGUUAGUUUCAGGCUAGUACCAAUGGCAUUUGUUAUUCACAUGCUCAGAAAGACGUAUUCAACUUAUGGUUUGUAUUGAAUUUUGUAAAGUCUGAGAUAUUUUCAGUUAAUAUGUGUCUAUGUUGCUGACAAUGUUUUUACCUUUUUAGUGAAUAUAUAACAACUUACAAUGUGUCUAAGUUACUGACAAAGCUACUAACCAAAGAUUGUUUGAAAUAUCUUGAUACACUUAAAGUAAGCAAAUAACAAAGCCUCAUUGAUAUAAAAUCAAACUUAUCAAAGCAAAUAGGAAAGUAAAAAGAAAAAGAUGGACCUGGACAUUAACAAGAACAAUCUAAUGCAAACAAAAAAAGCUAAGGAAUCCACAAGAUACAUGACAUGUAUCAAAAAAAAUAACAUAAGCAACAACAACAACAAACUUGAAAAUAUUCUUGUCCUAUUUUUAACAUUUAAACAUAUUUAUUAAGACACUAACUUUUGGUUUUAAACUGUCACAUAAGACUCGCUCAAAUUGCUAAGCAAAGCCACUGAUAUAUAUUUAACAUAGCCACUUCCUUCUCCUCACUUCUCUCUACUCACUUGUUAGUUAUUACAACAGUUUCUUUCACCACAAGCAAUUCUCAGAACAAAACCUUUCUUCAUUCCCAAUCAAUUAAACAAAACUAGUUACAGCCGGAGUGUUUUCAUAUCCGGCCGUACCAAUCCUCAAAUGGCUUCAACAACAACAACAAUACCAGAUCCUGAUGUCUUCCCUACAAUCACCAUGCCCAUCACAGUAAUCUUAACCGGCAGUCUUCUCUUUAUCAUUAUCGCCGGAUUCUUCGUCCUCUUCUUCUGGAGAUGUCUUCUGAACCGUUUGUCCUCAGCUUGGACCCUUCAGAGAACACCCUACGGUGACCUAAUCCACGUCAACACUCCCCCUGAAAACACAGGGCUCGACCCAUUUAUCAUCAAGUCCUUUCCCGUAAUCCUCUAUUCAUCCGCAACAAUGAGAAACCAGUGUACUGAAUGUGCUAUCUGCUUGGCAGAGUUUUCAGAUGAAGACACCGUUAGGCUAAUAACAGUGUGUCGUCAUGGGUUUCAUUCAACUUGCAUUGAUUCUUGGUUUGAGUCACACAAGACUUGCCCUGUUUGCCGGUGUGAGUUAGACCCCGGAGUGGUUGGUUCUGGAAGCCAUGAGUCUUUGCACAACACGGUUACAAUUACUAUUCAAGACUUAAACUAUGAAGAAGUGAAUCCUCCUUCCACUAGUUCAAGCAAAAGGUUCCCUGAAGCCGUCUCGGCUUGGCCAUUCUCUAGGUCACAUUCUACAGGUCGUUUUAUGGUUAAGACCAAAAGAGAACAUUACCAAUUCAAAGAAAAUUAUCCUACCACUAGUUCAAGCAAAAGGCUUAUGGAAGCAUCGGCUUGGCGAUUUUCGAGGUCACAUUCUACUGGACAUUUCAUGGUUAAGACAAUGGAUAAGACCAAAGGAAAACAUUACCAAACAGGAAGCAGUGUCAUGUUUGAAGAAAACAAUCCUACAACUAGCCCAAGCAAAAGGCUUAUGGAAGCCUCGGCUUGGCGAUUUUCGAGGUCAUAUUCUACAGGGCAGUUCAUGGGUAAGACGAGGGAUGUCACUAUGAAGAUCAAAGGAAGACAUUACCAAACAGGAAGCUGUGCCUCGUUUGAUGAACUUACUAGGUAUGACGAAGCUACAGGAUACGGUAUGGCUUGGUGAUUAUUUAUCAUUACAUUAGCAUUAUUUGAAGUCUAGUAUGCGAAUAAAUUCUAUUUUUUUGUGUGUUCUUGAUAGCAGUAGAUAUUCAAAACUUGUAAUAAAGAUGUGUAGUGAAGAAUAAACUGAGAAAGAAUAAGAGUCAUCACUCCACAGGUUUUUCUUCA